GCCGCAAUUCACUAGUGCAUAAUUCGAAGUGGAUUUGCUUACUUUCUAAAUUUUCCGGAAACUCCAAAACACGAAGCCCCCCCUUCGCAGCGGACUCGAAAUGGAAGGUUUCGAGUACGUCAUCCAACGGCCACCCCAGGCACGGAUUUGCUUCGGUUCCGGUAUCGAGCGGGAAACGGUGCCUUUGGAAGGUCCUGCACUUAGUCCCCUGAUGCGGCGCGUCCAACCGGAAGUGCUACCGGAGGCGCAGGAGGCACCACCGGAACUAACACCACCGCGGCCGCGUGUUCCCGGUAACGUGAGUAAGCGCGGCUAUGGACCGCUGGCGGCGACCGCAGUGCGCUUCAACUUUGACCAGGUUGCCAGCAGUCCCGGAGUGGGCGAAUACGAGCUGAUCCGAAAGCCGGCGGUUAAACCUGGUGCCAAACCGUUCGGAAGUGGCGUGGAUCGCGAGAAAGCCUCUCACUUGCAGAUCACUCCUGGGGUUGGUACGUAUUUGUUCAAGGUGCGAAAGGACAUUCGGAGCCAUUCGUUCGGGGGCACGAUCAAGAUCAUGCCGGCCGCGAGAACGUUCUGUCGGCCGGACAACUUUGAUCGCUGCCAGCGGUGUGAGGAACGCCCGGAGGUGGACUACUGGAAGAAUUUGCGGACGGAGCGGUGUCUCUGCCGGCGCUGUAUGGUGCGGGAACUGAACGAAGUUCGGAACUGCUGCGCGAAGAACAAAUCCGCACAAAAGAAACGGCUCGAGGCGCUGAAGGAAUACAAGCGUGUCCGGCACUGCUCGUACUAUCAUCGGCACGACAAAACGAACGCCGCGAUACAGUUCAUCAGUAACAAGCAGCUGAAGCGAAAGUUCCGGCUGGAAAAUUAUCUGUCCGCGUUCGAGUGACUUGUGUUGCGCCA